CGUACCUCGGUAGCGCAGCCACCAGACCCUCCUCUGUGCGGGGAAGCUCUCUAUCUUGUGAUCUUAACAAGGAGCCUAAAGACUAAAACCAUGACGCAGAAAUUCUAUUCCCGUAUGUAACACUAGGAACAUGGCGCAGGAACACAAACACAGCAAAACCAUCCCCUCCUACAGCCAGAUCGCCUGCAUCGGCGCCGGCAUCAGUGGGAUCGCCCUCGGCGCCACGCUGAAACGCUGGUACCAGCUGGACGACAUCCGCCUGUUCGAGCGCCAUAGCGACUGCGGCGGAACCUGGCAUAUCAGCUCGUACCCUGGAUGCGCAUGCGAUGUGCCCAGUGCGCUGUACAGCUUCUCCUUUGCGCAGAACCCGGGAUGGACCAAGUUGAUGCCCUCGCACCAGGAGAUCCAGGCCUAUCAGCGUUCUGUGGCGGAGGAGUAUGGACUGCGCGACAAAAUGACGUUCCGUGCCGAGGUGAAGCAGUGUUUCUGGAGGGACGAUGCCUCUCGAUGGCUCAUGGUUCUGCGGAAUGUCGAUACCGACGAGAUCUUCUACCACGAGUGCCAGAUUCUCUUUGGUGCCACUGGUGUUCUGGUUGAGCCUCGUGCUUGCGAUAUUCCAGGAGCGUCGACCUUCGAGGGAUCGCUUUUCCACUCUGCGCGGUGGAACCAUGAUGUUAGCUUGGAGGGGAAGAAGGUCGUUGUUAUAGGAAAUGGCUGUACCGCUGCUCAGAUAGUCCCAGCUAUAAUGGAGCAGAGCGGGUCAGUAACCCAAAUCAUCCGCAGCCAGCACUGGGUCGUUGAGCGCGCAAACUUCGAAUAUCCUCCAUGGUUGAACUGGGGAUUUCGCCAUAUCCCCCUGCUUCAACGUCUCCACCGUUUUGCUAUAUACCAAGGCGCCGAAGCUGACUGGCAGCUGUUCCCAAUGACCAAGUCGGCUGCGAAAUACCGACAGCAGAGGCGCGAGGAAAUCGAAUCGUACAUGCGUAGGACAGCCCCAGCGAAGUAUCACGAUAUUCUCAUUCCGGACUUUGAAGUCGGCUGCAAGCGCCGAAUCUUCGACUGCAACUACCUCGACUCCCUCCACAACGAGAAGAUGCUCCUGACAGACGCAAAGAUCCUCGAAAUCGUCCCCGAGGGACUGCAAACCUCAAACGGCCUCAUCGAAGCAGAUGUAAUCGUCCUCGCCACAGGCUUCAACACAAACACCUUCCUCCCCGGAAUGCAAGUGCACGGCCGAAACAAUAAAACCGUCGAGGAGCACUGGGCUCGAAAUGACGGACCGGGGGCGUACAAUACAACCUCCAUGAACGGGUUCCCGAAUUUCUUCCUCUUGCUGGGGCCGAAUACGAUCACGGGCCAUACGUCUGCUAUUAUGGCGACGGAGAACUCUGUGAACUUUGCACUCCGCGUGCUUAAGCCUGUUCUUGACGGGAAUGCUGCGUCGGUCGAGCCCAAGCUCAGUGCUGAAGAUGAGUAUAUCAGGCAGGUCCAGGCUGCUUGUCAGAAUACCGUCUGGCAUUCGGGGGGUUGCAACUCGUGGUACAUCAACGACAAAAAGUGGAAUGCAACGGCAUACCCCUGGGCGCAGGCACAUUUCUGGUAUCGAUGCCUGUUUCCGACUUGGAAGGACUGGAAUAUCAAUUGGGUUCAGAAACCGGCAAGCACCGGCCGGAAACGGUUGUUCUUCAUCAUUUCAUUGAUUAUCUGGGCUGGUUUGUAUAAUAAGAGAGUCGGUGGUCAUGGACUUGCUGGGAUUAGACAGAUGGCUGGUGAAUUGAGAAAGAGGGUUGGAUACUAGGUUAGAUUAGAUGUGAACAGACAGACUUGGCAUUCUUAUCAAUUCAAAUCAAUUAAUAUCCUUU